GAAACAGAAUUCAGUUGAAUGAAGCAAUUCACUUGACUUGGGGUUAGCGAUAUAACGGUGUUGAAUCAAAGCGGCGAGAAGUAUUUGCAAACAUUUCUGAAGAAGAAGAAAUUCUGAUUUUCGAAUAGUACGAAUUUUUCUAAGCUAUCGGGCGACAUGCAUUCAAAUGUCGGUUUUUUAGAUAAACUACGUUGGCGCUUAAACGUACUUGGAAAUAGAUAUGCUCAAUACCGUUUAACCACCAACGAGACCGCAGUGGUUGACACCGAGUAUGGCAAAGUGAAAGGUGUCAAGCGAAGAACAAUCUACGAAGUGCCAUAUUAUAGCUUCGAGGGGAUUCCCUUCGCUAAGCCACCAGUAGAUGAGCUACGUUUCAAAGCGCCUGAGCGACCUGAGCCAUGGGAUGGUGUACUAGAUUGUCUGAGCCCAAAAGACAGAGCCGUGCAACUGCAUUUAAUAACAAAUAAUGCGGAGGGAUCGGAGGAUUGUCUAUACUUGAAUGUGUAUGCGAAGAAUUUAAAACCAGAUAAGCCACAGCCCGUUUUGGUUUGGAUACACGGUGGUGGCUUUGUUGUGGGCGAAGCGAAUCGUGACUGGUUUGGACCAGACUAUUUCAUGGAGAAAGAUGUAGUUUUGGUGACAGUGCAAUAUCGCUUGGGUGUUUUCGGUUUUCUUACACUCACCUCGCCGGAAUUGAAUAUACCUGGUAAUGCCGGUUUGAAAGAUCAAGUGUUAGCACUAAAGUGGGUUAAAAAUAAUAUAGCCAACUUUGGUGGCGAUCCAAAUUGUAUAACUGUAUUCGGCGAAAGUGCUGGUGCUGCCGCGACGCAUUAUCUCUGCAUUACGGAACAAACCAGAGGUCUAUUUCAUCGCGCAAUUUUAAUGUCUGGCGCUGCCAUUGCUUCUUGGGCGCACAAUGGUCAGGAGCGGCACGCUUAUCCACUUGCCAAGCUAGCCGGAUUUAAGGGGGAACAAGAUGAACAACAAGUCCUAGAAUAUCUGAAAAAAUGCAAAGCGACCGAUCUGGCACAGUUGGAGCAGAAAGUGCUGACCACAGUUGAGUUACAACGAAAAAUAAUGUUUCCUUUUGCACCCUGUAUAGAGCCAUACGAUACGCCGGACUGUGUAAUAUCAAAAAGUCCACGUGACCUUAUGAGAACAGCAUGGAGUAAUUCAAUGCCCAUACUGGCGGGUCAUACUUCAGCGGAGGGUUUAUUAAUGCUGCCAAUUAUUAAGGCAAUGCCAAUUUGUCUGAAUGAAUUGGAAACUUGUCGUAGCUUCGUACCAUAUGAAGUAGUGGAUGCUGUGGAUAUCGAGGAAAAUGCUGCCAAGCUGAAAAAAAUGCAUGCCGACAGUGCUGAGCUUACAGCUGACGAAUAUAUGGAUAUCAACGCUUAUUGGCUCUUCUACUUUCCUCUUCAUCGUGUUCUGCUCUCGCGUUUGACUAAUGCCACGUCUGCUCCCACAUAUCUGUACCGCUUCGACUACGACUCGGAAAUAUUAUCAUACCCCUAUCGCAUUUGGCGGUUUGGUCGCGGCGUGAAAGGUGUAUCUCAUGGCGAUGAACUAGCUUAUCUCUUCUCACAUGCAAUGGCAAAUACACUUUCUAAGGAGAGCCCUGAAUAUCGCACAAUACAACGCAUGAUUGGAAUUUGGACGCAAUUUGCGGCAACUGGUAACCCAAAUGAUAAAGAGGUUCUUGGUAUGGAAUCACUUUCAUGGGACCCCAUCCGUACACCUGAGCCUGCUUACAAGUGUUUGAAUAUUAGUGAGGAGCUGAAAGUAAUAAAUUGGCCAGAAAUGGAAAAGGUUAAGGUGUGGGGGUCUACUUUCGAUAGAAAGAAGGACUUAUUGUUCAUUUACAUCUUACGGAACAGAUAUAAAAGCGAGUGCGGAGGAGCCAAAAAUGGUACAGGUGCAGCCGCAGUUUCAGUUAUUACACCGCAGCAGUUAGUUGUAAAAAUUAUGGAUUCGCAAAUUCUGGAGCCAAUAGUGUCCACCGCAAGUGGCAAGGUGAGAGGUCAACUGCGUGAAGGCAUCUACGGUGACACCUAUUACAGCUUCGAUGGCAUACCUUAUGCGAAGCCACCACUUGGUAAAUUACGCUUUAAAUCACCACAGCCGGUCGAGCCUUGGCUUGGCAUACGCGAUUGUACCAUAUGUCCGCCGAUGUGUAUCCAAUCGGAUUAUUAUAAUGGCGUGAUAGACGGCGUUGAGGACUGCUUAUAUUUAAAUGUAUUUACGAAGAAGCUACGUUCUGCAAAGCCCUUACCGGUGUUAGCUUAUUUGCUUGGUGGACGUUAUGCCAACGGAGACGCCUCGCGUAACAGUUGGGGUCCGGAUUAUUUAAUGAUGAAAGAUGUAGUAUAUAUUACAAUUGGAUUUCGGUUAGGUGCUUUAGGCUUUCUCAGUUUUCCGGAACCCGAACUUCAAGUGCCCGGCAAUGCGAGCCUCAAAGACGUCAUCUUGGCAUUGCAGUGGAUAAAGAAAAAUUGUCAGUACUUCAACGGCGAUCCCGAUAAUAUAACACUAUUCGGGCACAGCUCAGGCAGCAUGACAGCACAAAUGCUCAUGUAUUUGCCGCAAUGUGAAAAUCUCUUCCACAAAGUCAUACUAAUGUCCGGCAUGCAAAUGCACUUACGCCGCAUUCCUCAACUAGAAUAUCGCUUCGCCAAGCACUUGGGAUAUAAGGGCAAAGAGAAUAACCACGAUAUACUUGCCUAUCUCAGCGCAUUGCCAGCAGAGCGCCUUUGCGAUGUUAAAAUUUGGACGCCAGAAGAGCUGAAGCAAUGCCCUCAUUUCGUAUUCUCUCCUACGCUCGAAAAUGAGUCCGCGUCAGAUGCUAUACUGACCAAGGACCUACUUGAUAUGUAUGCCAAUAAGCAAUCUUGGUGUCACAGUAUACCGCUGGUAAUAGGUGGCAGCUCAUUUGAGGGUCUUAUGAAUUACAAUUAUUUCAACAAGGAACCUGAACUAUAUGAAACUCUCAGAAAGCAUCCUGAGUACUUGCUCCCAUACGAAGUCAGAGAGAAAUAUGAUAUGAUCACACAACAACAACUCGCUAAGAAGCUUAUCCACUUGCAUUUAGGUGCGAAGGAAUUGGAUAUUGAGCAAUCGUUUGAUCUUAUGGAUUUAACGUCAUAUGAUUUUUUGUACCAUCCAAUAUAUCGCUAUCUCAAAACACGAAUACCUAAUGCUAAAGCACCUACCUAUCUUUAUCGCUUCGACUUUGACUCACCUUACUUCAACUUGUUUCGGAUUAACCAUUGUGGUCGUGACGUGCGUGGCGUAUGCCAUGUAGACGAUCUUUCCUAUAUCUUCUUUAUGCCAGACUCAUUUAAGCUGCAGCGUAACACGAAGGAGUUUAAGAUAAUUGAGUGCAUGAUAGAUUGGAUUACAGCCUUUGCUCUCAAUUCGGAUCCCAAUUGUGAAAAGCUAAGCAGCUUAGUUUGGAAACCACUGACUGCAGAUGCCCGCUAUUGUCUUAAUAUUAGCGAUGAACUAAGCACUGUCAAAUGGCCAGAGGAAGAGAAGUGCGUAUUAUGGGAUCAAUAUUUUAAGGAGGCGGGUAUAAGGACUUUUUAGUUGACACCAAGUUUUACAGUGUGUGCAAAUUUUUGGCAGCAGUUUAUUUGUUUUUUAUUUUUUUUUUUACAUAAACAAAUAUUUUAAGAAACUUUUGGUUAUUAUGAACCUGACAUGUUAAAAAUUUGUUCUAAUUAGACUUUGAAAUAUAAAUGUUUGAAAAUAUAAUAAAUAAA